AUGGCUGGAACCAGUUCCACUAUGAAAUGGGGCGGCAUCUUCAUCCUCACUUCUAUUGGGUACUUUGUCUUUAAACUUUACCAGCAGCGGGUCUUUUUUCGGCGAACGGUCAAAAAGUAUAACCUUCCAACGCUACCUGGUCACUCAUGGCUUCUCGGUAACCUCAUCGCCGUGGGAAAAAUCAUGGUCAAGUAUCCUGAAGAUGUCCACGGUCAAUUAAUGCCCGAUUUCCUCGCGCGAGAUUAUCCUGGGAUCGCGGAAUUAGGCAUAUGUUAUAUCGAUCUCUGGCCAAUCUCAUGGCCCAUGUUGGCAACUUUUCAUCCGGAUAUCGCAGCGCAAUUCACUCAGGAAACGUCACGACCAAAGCACGAGAUCAUCAGAGGCCAAUUUCGACCGUUGACGGGCUUGAAAGAUCUUGUUUUAUCCGAAGGAGCAUUCUGGAAGAAGUGGCGAGCAACUUUCAAUCCUGGUUUCUCGACACAAAACAUCACGGCCCUUGUCCCUGAGUUCAUUGAAGAGGCAUCAAUUUGGAAGAAAUACCUGCAAGAAAUCGCUAAAGAUGGACGUGUUGUACCUCUUGAAGAUUGUGUUAUGAAGGCUACUUGUGAUAUCAUUGGUCGGUCUGUCUUGGGAAUAAGUCUGGGCAUUCAAACAGGCGUCGACGAUAAGAUUUUCCUGACGCUCAAAAGUGCAAUCUCACUGCUUGUCACGGACUGGUCGCCGCAUCAAUGGGGAAGACUUCUGAAUCCUUUUCGACACUAUCGGCUCUCGUCUCUCAACCGUCAACUUCGCAGCCAACUCCAGCCAUUGAUAGAAGCUCAACUUCAAAACCACGAACGCAAUGAAGGACCGAAGACUGUGAACGGUCUCGCCAUAAGAACAUAUAUGAAGGAAUACGGCUCCAAAGGCACUACAGGAAACACAAUUGAUCCUGAAUUUCUGGAUGUCACUAUUGAGAAUCUGAAGAUCUUCCUCUUCGCUGGCCAUGACACCACUGCGUCUACGCUCUGUUUUGCUUACAAUUAUCUUUACCAACAUCCAGAUGUCCUUGCGAAGUUGCGACAGGAGCAUGAUACAGUCUUAGGAACUGAUCCGGCCAAUGCAACCAAGACGAUCUCCAAAACCCCGACAUUGCUCAACCAGCUUUCUUACACCACUGCGAUCAUCAAAGAGACUCUGCGAUUAGAACCACCAAUCGGAUCCUGCCGAGAAGGCUCUCCGACAUUCUUCCUGAGACAUCCUGAGACAGGGCAGCAGCUUCCAACGGAUGGCUUCAUUCUCUUCUCAGCAAGCAAGGCCAUCCAUCGCAAUCCCAAGUUUUGGUCAGAGCCUGAUAAGUUCGUUCCUGAGCGAUGGCUUGAUCCUGACGCCCAUAAGAAUGCAUUCCGUCCAUUUGAGCUAGGCCCUCGAGGAUGUAUUGGACAGGAGCUUGCGUUGACGGAGUUGAGACUUCUUCUUGCGAUGACGGUCAGAGACCUUGAGAUUGUACCGGCGUACAAGGGGAAGGACGAAGUUCUGUUGGGAUAUCAAGCUUAUCAGGCACAAAUGCCUGGAGAGUUGACAGCACAUCCUAGUAAGGGUAUGCCUGUGACAGUGAGACUUAGGAAGGCUAGAGACUCUAAGGAAUGGAAUUGA